UCUUUUAAAACACACUUCCUCCCUUCUCCUUCCUCCUCUCUCUCUCACACACAUCUUCACAAAAGCUCAUUCUUCUUCUAAACAAAUAUGGAGACUUGGGAGAAGCCAAGAGUUUCAUCUUCUAGAGACCAUCACUACCGUCAACCUUCUUUCUCCUCCACUCUCCUCGACCAAAUCUACCGCUCCAUAGACGACUCUCCUCCCCUAGAAUCCACCAGAAAAAAGAAACAACCACACUCUCUCCACCAAGAACAUGCUCCAAUCUUUCACCGCCGCUCCAUCGCUGCUGACUUUGAGAGAUCACGUCGAACCACCACCUCCUCAGUUUUCCUCACAUAUUCCAACUCAACCUCCUCUGACUCAAGCGGCUUCUCCUCUUCAGAGUCAGACUCUUUCUACCUACGCACCAAUCCUCCUCCACACACUCGUCAACCAAACCCUAUUCGAACAAACACACUCAUCGAGAAACCUAGCAGCAAACAAGAGCACGGUAGCUUCUUGAGAACAAAGUCAAAAGCCUUAAAGAUCUACACCGACUUGAAAAAAGUGAAACAGCCUCUCUCCCCUGGAGGACGUCUCGCUACUUUCCUCAACUCUCUCUUCACCAACGCAGCAAGUAACCAUAAAAAGCUAAAAAAAAUCAACACCACCGUCACUUCCUCCGCCGAGCCACCACCACCACAAUCCUCCUCCAACACCACAUGCUCCUCCACGUCCUCUUUCUCAAGAUCUUGCUUAAGCAAGACUCCUUCCUCAAGUGGAAAAUCCAAAAGAUCCGUUAGGUUCUGUCCAGUGAACGUUAUCCUCGACGAGGACUCGUCCAUUCACAUCCCUUACGGUUAUAGUAGUAACAAGCUGCAUGGCAAAAACGUCGAUCGUCACGUCAUGGAGGAGGAGAAUCGUCGCGUUAUUGAAGCGGCUAAGGAUCUUAUUAGAACGUACCAGAAGAACAAGACGUGCGACAACGUUCAAGAAGAGGAGGAUGAUGAGGAUGAUGAUGCGGCGAGUUACGCGAGUUCUGAUCUGUUUGAGUUGGAGAAUCUUGCGGCUGUUGGGAUCGAGAGGUAUCGAGAAGAGUUACCAGUGUACGAGACCACUCGUUUGGAUAAUACGAAUCGAGCUAUUGCUACAAGUUUAGUUGUAUAAUAAUAAUGUAUUGUUAGUUUAAGUGGUUGGGGGUGAUUAUAUUAAUUUUUACAACAUUUUCAUACGUUUUUUUGAGGAUAUUACGUUUUUAAUUACCGUUUUCUAAAACUGUUUUGUUCCUUCGUUCUUAAUUAGUAUCGCCAAUAUUAAGUAAGUUGUGUAUAAUAACUAUCUAUGUUAAUCAUGGUACUUUUUUCUUGUUAAAUUGUAGAUGUCAUUACUCUGAAAGAAGAAAAGUUUGGUUACUAGAUGAAAUGAAACCAAAGUUUG